UUGCACGUUCUCACCGACACAAGCAUCGUAGCCUCGGUCAAUUAUUUACAGAGGGAGAGAGGAGAAGAGCGAGAAGAGAGAGAUAGAGAUAUGGAUAGGUUCGCGGAGUUGAAAACGGGCGUGGAGACGGCGGAGCUUGUGGACGCACACGCUCACAACAUCGUGGCGCUGGACUCCGCCUUCUCUUUCCUCCACUGCUUCUCUGAGGCCACCGGCGCGGCCUUAUCCGAUGUACCCCACACCAUUAGUUUCAAGAGAAGCUUGAAAGAAAUUGCAGAGCUUUAUGGCUCUAAGUCAACCCUGGAUGCUGUUCAAGAUUACAGGUACAGAUCCGGACUGGAAUCAGUCACUGCAAAGUGCCUUGAAGCUGCUAGGAUCUCGGCUGUAUUAAUUGAUGAUGGACUUGAGUUAGACAAGAAACACAAAAUUGAGUGGCACAAAGGAUUUGUACCAUUUGUUGGUAGAAUACUAAGAAUUGAACGAGUAGCUGAGAAGAUUCUUGUUGAGGGCAGUGCAGAUGGAAGGACAUGGACAUUGGACUCAUUCACAGAAGUAUUUGUGGAUAGUUUGAAGUCAUAUGCUGAUCAAAUUGUUGGCUUUAAAAGUAUAGCUGCAUACCGCAGUGGACUUGAAAUUAAUACAAAUGUCUCAAGAAAGGAUGCACAGGAGGGUCUAAACGAUGUUUUACAAGCUGGAAGGCCUGUCCGCAUCACAAAUAAAAACUUAAUUGAUCACAUAUUUGUCCAUGCAUUGGAGGUUGCCCAAUCUUUUGACUUGCCGAUGCAGAUACACACAGGUUUCGGGGACAAAGAUCUGGAUUUAAGGCUUUCUAAUCCCCUUCAUCUACGUAAUCUCCUCGAGGACAGUAGAUUCAGCAAGUGUCGAAUUGUUCUGUUACACGCAUCAUACCCAUUUUCCAAAGAAGCUUCAUAUUUGUCCUCUGUGUAUCCUCAGGUUUAUCUGGACUUUGGGCUGGCAGUGCCAAAACUUAGCUUUCAUGGGAUGCUAUCCUCAGUCAAAGAGCUCUUGGAGCUCGCACCAAUAAAGAAGGUGAUGUUCAGCACUGAUGGCUGCGGUUUUCCUGAGAGUUUCUAUCUAGGUGCCAAGAAAGCACGUGAGAUUGUAUUUGCUGUUCUGCGUGAUGCAUGCAUUGAUGGAGAUCUUUCAAUCCCUGAAGCUCUUCAAGCUGCUAAAGACAUAUUUUCUGAAAAUGCAAGACAGUUAUACAAGAUCAAAGCUGUUUCAGAAUCUUUUAGUUCAAAUAGUAUUCCAUCCCUCUCCCCCACGAAGCUCGACAUAAAUGCUUCUCUUCAGGGCAUUUCAUUUGUUCGCAUUAUGUGGGUUGAUGCUUCUGGCCAGCAUAGGUGCCGUGUGGUUCCACAAAAACGUUUCCAUGACCUUGUUGUGAAGAAUGGUGUUGGACUGACCUGUGCAUCUAUGGCGAUGUCUUCUCACAUGGAUGGUCCUGCUGAUGGAACUAAUCUAAGCGGAGUGGGUGAAAUCAGACUCAUUCCUGAUCUGUCAACUAAAAGUGUCAUCCCUUGGGCAAAAGAACAGGAAAUGGUUCUGGCUGACAUGCACCUUAAACCUGGAAUACCAUGGGAGUAUUGUCCCAGAGAGACACUGCAAAGAGUUGCAAAAAUUUUGAAAGAUGAAUUUAACUUGGAAAUGAAUGCAGGCUUCGAGAAUGAGUUUUUUCUCUUACGGAGUGUGCUAGUGGAUGGGAAAGAAAAUUGGGUACCAUUUGAUGCAACUCCGUACUGCUCCACAUCAGCAUUUGAUGCGGCUUUUCCUAUGCUUAAUGAAGUUGUGGCUUCUCUUCAGUCCUUGAAUAUUGAAGUGGAACAGCUACAUGCAGAAUCUGGACAUGGUCAAUUCGAGUUUGCUCUGGGUUACACAACCUGUGCAAAUGCAGCUGACAACUUAGUUUUCACACGAGAAGUUGUUCGGGCUGUGGCCAGAAAACAUGGAUUGAUGGCAACUUUUGUACCUAAGUUUGCCCUUGAUGAUAUUGGCUCUGGAUCACAUGUGCACAUUAGUUUGUCUGAGAAUGGGGAAAAUGUAUUUAUGGGGCGCAGUGGAGCAACUAGAUAUGGAAUAUCCAAGAUCGGGGAGCAGUUCAUGGCUGGAGUAUUGAAUCAUCUUCCUUCAAUAUUGGCAUUUACAGCACCAGUUCCAAAUAGUUAUGAUCGCAUACAACCUAAUACAUGGAGUGGUGCAUACCUGUGCUGGGGGAUGGAAAAUAGAGAAGCUCCUCUAAGAACUGCUUGCCCACCUGGAACCCCAGAUGGCUCCAUAAGCAAUUUUGAGAUAAAGGUAUUCGAUGGUUGUGCAAAUCCUUAUCUUGGUCUGGCUGCCAUAAUUGCUGCAGGGAUUGACGGCCUACGCAAACACUCUAGUCUGCCUGAACCAAUUGAUGAUAAUCCUGACAAUGUCAAAGAUAAAGUGCAAAGGCUACCUCAAUCGCUCUCUGAAUCCGUUGAAGCCCUUGAAAAAGACGACGUGCUCAGAGAUUUGAUUGGUGAAAAUCUUUUGGUUGCCAUUACAGGGGUUAGGAAGGCUGAGAUAAGGUACUAUUCAGAGAACAAGGACGCCUGGAAGAAUCUCAUUUACAGAUACUGAGGUGACUCUUCUAAUCUGAUGUGUCUAAAUAAGAGCUUCUGUAAUUUACAUCCCUGAAACUUAUCUACAUGCUGCUUUUCUUUAUAAUUCCUCCUCUCUCAUAGAGAUCGUACUUUCUUCCGAACUACUUCAUUGACAAGAUUAACAUGUUUAGGAUACUCUUCUACAUGAAAUUUGCUUGCUACCUAGUGUAAUCAAUGCCUAGUUCUCAAUUCU